ACCAUCAGACGUGGACCAUCUGGACACGUGGACGGUCGUGGGCAUUCUGCUAGGGCUUUCUUAGGGUUCUUGGGGGAAUGGAGCUCGACGAGGCGCUGCGCAAGGCCGCCGAUCUCAUCGUCAAUGCGUCCUCGGUGGUGGCGUUCACUGGCGCUGGAAUUUCGGUGGAAUCCGGAAUUCCGGAUUUUCGAAGCAGCGGGGGAUUGUGGUCAAAGUAUGAUCCCGAGGUGUAUUGUAACUAUUCUGUUUUCAAACAAAAGCCCGAGCUCUUUUGGAAGAUGGCAGUGGACAUGCAAAGCACAAUGGCAGAAGCUCAGCCCAAUCCCGCGCACUAUGCGCUUGCCGAGCUUGAAAGUAUGGGAUAUUUGAAACAUGUUAUAACGCAGAAUGUAGAUAACUUGCACCAGCGUGCAGGGAGCAACAAAGUACGUGAGCUGCACGGGAAUGGAUCAACUGCGUCGUGCAUGGCUUGUAGGAGCAAGGUACCAAUCUCGGAGGCGAUGGAUCAGUUGAACUCCGGAAAAAGUGUUCCGGUGUGCUCUCGUUGUGGAGGAGUUUUAAGAAUGGACGCGAUCCUCUUUGGCGAGCCUUUACAAAGUUCUGUGAUGGAAGGCUCGCUACGAUUGGCAAUGUUUGCGGAGGUGAUGCUUGUGAUCGGAACUUCUCUUGUGGUCUCGCCCGCCAACAGCCUCGUGCAGCUCUGCAAAUCCAACCAAGGAACAAUUGUCAUUUGUGAUCCCAGCCCUGCCAAUUCUCAUUUGGCUCAUGUAAUGCUGCGCGGAAACGCAGGCGAGGUGUUGCCUCGCCUUGUGCAAGCAUGCAAAGCGCUGAGAACUAAAGGCAAGGCUCAGAUGUAAGAAGCCGGAAGAAAAAAAGUGGAAGUCAGAGGGGAUGCGUAAAGUAAACGCGGUCCAAACCGGACUAAAGCAAAAGCCGUGACGAGACCUUUCAAAGACAAAGUUUACUAUGCAAAGUUCCAUCAAUCAUACAUGCAGCAUGUGUGAUUCAGGCACACAUCAAAUCGCCAGAGACUGUCAACACCGGACAAUCUCCUAGAGCAAUACAAACAAUGGAAAAAGGAAAGCUUGGAGUAAGCAAUCGCGUUUGGAAUCUCUCCUGAUGAUUUGACAAGGUUGAGAGAGAAUUUGAUUUUAUUUGCAUGGUCUGUAGACAAUGUGGAAAAAUCUCUGGUCCCUUGGUACGCCCACUUACAAAGUGAAGUAUCUGAACGUGCUGCUUUUUCACCCCACUAUGCUAUCCGCUAUUCCUAUUGUUAAUCUCUUGAAUUUAUUGUUUUACUAGUCAAAAUAUAAAUUUGGUUUUAAAGA